AUGGAGAAAGCUAUUGACAAUGUUAAUUGGCAAGCUCUUUUCUGUAUUCUUCAUAAGCAUGGCUUUGAAGAAAAGUGGAUUGACUGGAUCAGAUGGUGUGUUUCCUCUUCUCAUCUUUCUGUUCUUGUUAAUGGUGGAUCUACAGAGAAAUUAAAACCUUCAAAAGGAUUAAAACAAGGUGAUUCCCUUUCAACUUAUCUAUUUUUGUUGGUAGUUGAAAUUCUCUCAAAAUUGAUAAAUGAUGCUGGUGAAAGGGGACAAAUUCAUGGUUUUAGGGUGGCUAAACUGUUGAAUCUUGAAAAGAGUAUUAUGGUUAGUGUUAAUGCUGACGACGUCAUUGAGGUGCUGGAAAAGGAAUUGGGAUGCAAAACAGAGAGGUUACCUAUACAGUAUCUUGGUUUACCAAUUGGUGCUAAUUCAAGGUGUAUCUCAAUAUGGGACAGUGUUCUUGAGAAAAUGGCACUAAAACUGGCUACAUGGAAGAGGAAGUAUUUAAACAAAGCUGGGAGAUUAGUGCUCAUUAAACAUUGUCUCUCUAGCAUAUUGUUUACGAUUAAAAACAACCAACGGGAGUUCCUGGUAAAAAGUAGUGGAGGAGGAAAGUGCUUGCUGAAGCAGACGGAGUUCAAGAUUGUGAUGGAUGAAGCAUGGAAUGUUGAAACAACAACAUGCUCUACAUACAUUGAAUUAGGUCAUGACAUGUCAUUAUGCUAG